AUGGAAGCUAAGCUCCAGAAGAAUCCCUUGCUCGUUCUUCCUGCUUUCCUGGCCAUGUCCUCGCUGCUCUCGCUCCGCACCGUCUCCUCCACUACCGCGCCUCCGUUCCUUCGCGCCUCUUUCCUCCGCCAACUGCCUCGCGCAUCAUUCCCUGCGCCCCGUCCUUCCGCGUCCCUCCCCGCGAGUACUCCCCCGUUCCUUCCCGCGGGCGCAGGCUUAUUCUUCCGCCGAUCCACCCGGCUCUCAGCACCCUCCGCGCAGUUCCCGGCCGGCGGAAGCUCCCUUUGGCGCGCUCGCGAGCGCGUGCUUGUCACGAGGGCCGGCAUGGAGGCGGAACGACCAAGCCAAGGCGCGGGGGAUGUGCGCGCGGAGGAGGGCGCGCUGUCGUAUUUGGGUCAGGCGGAAGCUAUCGCCGUGGACGAGGCGCUGUUCUCGAGUCUGGGAUUCAGCGUCGACCAGCUCAUGGUGAGAGCGCAGGUGAUGGUCCCGCCACCUGCUGCUUCUACCUCCUCCACCCUGUUGUGCCCCAACUGCUUCUUGCGACACGAGCUCGCUCAAAGCAACCGCAAAGCAGAGCUGGCAGGGCUGAGCUGUGCAUGCGCCAUCUACCAGGAGUACCCCCCAUCGCACUUCCCAUCAGUGCUGAUCAUCUGUGGGCCGGGCAACAACGGGGGGGACGGUCUCGUGGCAGCACGUCACCUAUUCCACUUUGGCUACAGCCCUGCUGUGUGCUACCCCAAGCGGACGCCCAAGCCCCUGUACCAGGGGCUCGUCACGCAGGUGGAGUCGCUGGGAGUGCCGUUCCUGUCGCCCGACCAGCUGCCGUCCCCCCUCCUGCCCUCCUUCCACCUCGUUGUCGACGCCAUCUUUGGCUUCUCCUUCCAAGGCUCCCCCCGGCCUCCCUUUGACUCCAUCCUGGCCAGUCUCAUCGCGCCACCUGGCAGCACGGCAGAGGAGGCAGGCAUCCCCCCUAUAGUGGCCAUCGAUAUUCCUUCAGGGUGGGAUGUGGAGCGGGGAGAUGCUGCUGGGACAGGCCUGAAGCCGGAUAUGCUGAUCUCCCUCACAGCUCCCAAGCGCUGUGCGCUCUCCUUCGCCGGCCGCCACCACUACCUGGGCGGCCGCUUCGUCCCGCCCGCCAUCCGCACGCGCUACAACCUGCGCCUGCCGCCCUUCCCCGCCACGCAGCAGUGCGUGCGCCUGAGUAGACCCUCUGAAGCUACUCUCGCUCCUGCUGAUUCCCAGGCUGGUGGUGAAAGGGCAGGAGGAGCGGAGACACAGGGAGGUGCAGGUGGGAGCAGUGAAGCUGGGAAUGGUGGUGGUGGUGCUGCUGCUGCUGCUGGUGCUGCUGCAGCUACAGCGGUGGCGGUGGGGGUUGAUGUGGCGUCGUUGCGCAGGGAGUACUCGGGGAGGGCUCUUCUGGAGAAGGAAGUUCUGCCCGAUCCCAUCGAUCAGUUCCAAGCAUGGUUCAAGGAGGCAUUAGCUGCCAGCGUGCCGGAGCCCAAUGCCAUGACCCUCUGCUCUGUGGACGACGCUGGGAGACCCUCAGCGCGCAUUGUGCUACUCAAAGGGGCGGACGCGGCGGGCUUUGUCUUCUUCACAAACUACAGAAGUCGCAAGGGGCAGGAGCUUCUGGGCCAGCCUGGCGUGCCGCCCGCUCAGGCCGCCCUUGUCUUCUACUGGGAGUCGCUGCACCGACAGGUGCGAGUGGAGGGAGAGGUGGAGAAGGUACCUGAUUCCGAAUCCGACGCGUACUUCCACUCGCGGCCGCGGGGCAGCCAGAUUGGCGCGCUUGCCAGUGAGCAGAGUGCAGUGAUUGCCAGUAGGGAAGAGCUGGAGGCAGCAUAUGCUGCACUGCAAAAACAGUAUGGCGACAGCUCGCCCAUCCCGCGGCCGGAGCACUGGGGUGGGUUCAGAGUGGUGCCGCGUGCCAUGGAGUUCUGGCAGGGCAGGGAGUCACGCCUGCAUGACAGGCUUCGUUACAAGAGAGAUGUGCAUGGCAAGUGGGUGGUAGAGAGACUGGCUCCCUAG